AUAUAGUAAUAAACCCUCAAUUUGAACCGGUGCGAUGAGCCAUAUUUAUAGAUUAUUAUUAUUAUUAUUAUUUGACAAAAUUCCUUCGUAGUAGAUUUUUUAUUUUUAAUUUGGCAAUCACAUUUGAAUAGAUAGGAUAACAAUUAUUCUGGUUUUUAAGUGGAAAACUGUAGUUAUUGACCACAUCCUCUAAGAUGGAUACAAUUUAAGUGUACACGAUUGAAAUUUGAAAUGUAACGUAGGGUAAAACAAAUUUUCACAGCUAAUACCUAUAGAAUUAAUGUAUUAAAAGAAGAAAAAUUAAAUUGUGAACCAAUAUGUAUGGAAUCUAUAGGAGGGCGGGUGAGCUUUGGUGCAAUGGUAAGGUUACUUUAUUGUGCCCGGGAGGAAAGGCUUUGUACAUUUGACUCUUUUCAGACCCUGUAAUGGCAGUGGGAGCCUUGGGUUUGUCCUUUUAUGAAUGGGAGCUAUACAUUGUAUUUGGAUUAAAGUGGACUAAUGAAUGUACAAUUGUAUUACAAUCCCAUUUUCAGUUGAGGAGCUUUUUUAUUUUAUUAUCUUGGACCAUCCAUGCUCCUGAGAUUCAGCAUAUUCUAGUUUGACUUGUAUUAAAAAUAAUUACCGUGAGGAUGUUUUAAAGCAUAUUAAAAUAUAUUUAGGUAAAAAUAACUUCUGUGGAAUCUUCUCCUAGCCAUAGUUGGUAGAGGUUGUCAUCACGCUUAUAGGAUCAGAGGGUUGAUCUACCAUCAUAGCCCAUUGUGCCUAUGAAUGAUAAAACACAGUCAAAUCGUUAGGAAUUGUUUAUAUCUUUGUUGACCAUUCACUGAUAAAUUUAGUUUUAUAUCAAACAAUGCUUGAUAAAAAUUUGCAGCUCACCUCAAUCACAGGUAAAUGCUUGAUUCCUUAUUAAUUAAUGAAGAAAAAGGAGAAAAAAACAUUUGUGAUCUAUUCUAAUUACGGAUCAUAUAGUUAAUAAUUGUUUUAUUCAACAUCAAGUUGUAUACCUAAAUCAUGAACUGGUUUUCUUUGAAUCAUUAUACAAUUGACAUCCCAUCUUUUAUUUUUCUUGGUGAUGAUAGCUACUUGGUAAUUAUCGGAGUGGGAACAAAAAAAACAAUAGCUACCUGAUGCAAAUAAGUGCUGCGAACAGUAACUAAUUAGCUAUAAUCCAAAAAAUCAUCCAUGACAAUCUGACCUAUAUUCUAACUUGGAAAGUCUUCUGUUAGUAUUUUGUCAACAUCAGUCUAUGGAGUUAAUUCAUGAACUGGUUUGCUUUGAAGAAGAAACAACUUAUUUAGAGUCUUGCUUCUUUUCCUUCUGGCAACAAUAGCUACUCAAUCCUAAUGACUAAUUCCAACAAAAAAUUGGCUGUAUUUCUUUCAACCCUCCAAUUCAUUCACAUCUCCCUAUUACUAUCUUGUUUAGCAAUAGACACCAUUUCUAAAACCCAACAUGUAUUGGAUGGUCAAACCAUGGUUUCAGAAGGGGAAGUCUUUGAGCUCGGCUUCUUUAGUCCUAAUGAAUCUCAUGUAAGAUAUUUGGCUAUAUGGUACAGAGGACUCCCCGUUGAAAAAGUUGUAUGGGUUGCAAACAGAGACAACCCAUUGACGGAUACGUCUGGAGUUCUAGUGAUCGGAAGGGAUGGGAAUUUGGUGCUCAUCGAUGACAGAUUCAACACAGUUUGGUCCACAAAGCUAGCUUCUGUUGCAUCAAAUGAUACAAUUGCGGUACUUCGUGCUUCAGGUAAUCUUGUUCUUAUUGAAAACAACUCAAACGGGAGUGUCUUAUGGGAAAGCUUCAGUCAUCCAUCAGAUACUUUGUUGCCGGGCAUGAAGCUGGGAUUGAACACUAAGACAGGGGAAAGUUUAUUUUUAACAUCAUGUAAGAGUGACAAGGAUCCAUCACCCGGAAAUUUUGUCUUAGUUUUGGAGCCUCGUGAACUGCCAGAAAGUGUGAUCUUAAACGGAACAAUCCAAUGCUGGAGAAGUGGGCAGUGGAAUGGGAGGAGCUUCAUAGGACUUCCAGGCAUGAACACAGACUACCUUACAGGCUUUAACCUUGUUGAGGAUAAUCAGGCAGGAACGAUCUAUUUUGUGUAUUCUUUAUUCAAUGGGUCAUUACCAUCAGUUCUGUUUUUGAGUUCUCUGGGAGCUAUAAUUCAAAAGGACUGGAAUGCAGAGACUAGGGAAUGGGUUACUCAAGUGAUUACACCCAAUGGUCCCUGCGAUAUUUAUGGUACAUGUGGCUCAUUUGGGAUCUGUAAUGAUAUGAACUCCCCAAUAUGCAAUUGUUUAAGUGGUUACGUACCAAAGUCUUCAGAAGAAUGGCACAGAAGAAAUUGGACGGGUGGGUGUAUACGAAGAGUUGAAAUACAGUGUGAGAGGAAUUCGAGCACUGAUCGUAGCAAAUCUGAUGGUUUUAUAAAACUGACAGGAAUAAAAUUACCAGACUUUUCGGAUUACUCGAGUGUCGAUGGCGCGAUCCAAUGUGGUGAUUUUUGUUUGAAGAACUGCUCUUGUGUUGCAUAUGCAUAUGUCAAUGGAAUUGGGUGUAUGGUUUGGGGAGGACAUCUGAUUGAUGUUAGGGAGUUCUCUAAUGGUGGAGAGGAUUUGCAUCUUCGACUUGCAUAUUCUGAACUAGGUGAAAAGAGAGGAAUACGGGGCUUUAUCAUUAUACUCAUAGUCAUUUCCACGAUACUCGGCCUUGGUAUUUUGGCAUACAUUUUAUGCAGAGUGAAGACCUUACUAGGAGGUGCAAGGAAAUGUCACUCCUUGAUCAUUCACAAGGUUUUUUCCAGUACGCAAAGAGAAAUAUCAACAGAUUCUCCGCAGGCAUUUUUGUCUCGAGAUGAUGUUUGUCAAGAAGAAAGCUCAGAACUCCCAUAUUUCAACUUGGAAAAGAUAGCAGCUGCUACAGAAAACUUUUCUCUUGCAAAUAAACUUGGUGAAGGGGGAUUUGGUCCUGUUUACAAGGGUAAACUACCCAGUGGACAAGAGCUCGCUGUCAAAAGACUUUCAAAGAGCUCAGGGCAAGGCAUAGAAGAGUUCAAGAAUGAGGUCAUAUUAAUUUCAAAACUCCAACAUAGGAACCUUGUGAAGCUACUUGGCUUUUGUAUUGAGGGGGAAGAGAAACUGCUGCUCUAUGAGUUCAUGCCAAACAGAAGUUUGGAUGCCUUCCUCUUUGGUUCAAGUAAAAAAGCAAUAUUGAAUUGGGAUCAAAUAAGUAACAUAAUUGAGGGGAUUGCUCGAGGGCUUCUUUAUCUUCAUCGCGAUUCUCGAUUAAGGAUCAUUCAUCGAGAUCUAAAGGCGAGCAACAUUCUCCUAGAUGAGGACAUGAACCCCAAGAUUUCUGAUUUCGGCAUGGCCAGGAUUUUUAGAGGGAAUCAAACUCUAGCAAACACCAAUAGAGUUGUGGGAACAUACGGUUACAUGUCCCCUGAAUAUGCAAUGGAAGGAAUAUUUUCGGAGAAAUCUGAUGUCUUUAGCUUUGGGGUGUUAUUGCUAGAGAUCAUUAGUGGUAAAAGAAACACGGGCUUUUAUCACCAUGAAAUCUAUAGGAACCUCUUGGGAUAUGCAUGGGACGUGUGGAAUAAGGGGAAAGCAUUGGAAUUGCUGGAUUCAGAGAUAGCCAACUCAAUUAGCAGUCCCUCACAAGUGUUGAGAUGCAUUCAUGUUGGUCUCUUGUGCGUUCAAGAACAACCAAAUGAUCGGCCGUCCAUGGCUACAAUAGUUUUCAUUCUCUGCAACGACACAACUCUUCCAACUCCAAAACAACCUGCAUUUAUCUUGGAGAGAAGCACUAUUGAAUCAAAUUUGCCUUUGCCUGACACCUCUGCAUGCUCCAUAAAUUACAUGUCUACAACAACUGUCGAAGGCCGCUAACCUUUUUCCUCUUGAUUAAAGAUUGUAGAAAUGUUUCUGAAGACACUGCUUUUUGGUCUUUGUACAUAUAUGUCAUGCUCAAGAAAUCUCUUGGUUUUAUAUAUAAAUCUGUAUCUAUACACUGUAGUAUGUUAAGCAGGGAAUUCUCUAUUCAUAAAUUUGUCAGUGUGCAUUGUGGUUUGUGGAGUUGUGAUGAAUUAAUUCUAUUCGUUCAGUUUGGUGCGCA